UGAAAGACUCCGCCAUUUAGGGCUGGGCCAAAGAAGGGGGAAUCAGUAAAAAAGGUUUAAAAAUUGACUUAUAGAAAAGUAGAAUAAAAACCAGAAGAGCUUCUAGUAAUUAAUUCUGGAAGGUAAGUUUUUCAGAUAGUUCAUCUUUUCAGCACAUCUGAGAGCCAGAUAUUGAGCCAGAGAAAAAAAAAAAAAAACCUCACCGUUAUUCUCUACAAUCAUCAAAGAAGAAACUAUACUCGAAGAAAUUAAAUUAGUAGUUUUGGAUCAAUCUGGUAUCCAAUUGAAGACAUAGAAAAGGGAUUCAAACAUCACUGAAGUGGCUUGGUAACAUCAUUGAAGAUGGCAAAGUAGGGACCUUAAGGGGCCUGUGCCUCCCCAGAAAACCAAAAAUAUGGGAAAAACUGUCAAGAUCAUCCUUACUGGAACUGUGGAAGAUAGGAAAAAGGUUUACAGCAACCAAGAGAACAUUUAACCCAAGAAACGUCACUAAGACACAGUAAGAGAGUUUUGUGGCAUUUUAACUUACCCUUUCCCCACCCACCUCCUUGGCAUGAUGGUAAUCUUGAAGAUGGCAGCCUGAAUCCCCAGUAUAAAUAUAUGGUCCUGAAGGAAGUAGAGAAAACCUUGUUCCCAAGGAAUCACAUUUGUUUUGAUCCAACUUGGGGUUUCCUGAAGAACCGACACAAUGGACCUGCCUUUGUAUUGCCUAAUUUGGAACUCUUUCAGAGUUGAGGACAUUCCUCAAAAACACUGAAAGAUAAAUGAACAAGCAGCUACCACCUGAGACAAAAAUCAAGAAUUGAGGCAAACAACAGACAUGACAAAAGCUGGGUGGGAAAAGCUGGCGAGUGAGACUGUUUGGGGAAUAAGGGAUUUGAAAUGCUUAUUUGAGCACUAGGCAAUCUAGAAAGUCACAUGUAUAUCCAAGGCAGGAUGUAUGCACAGAAAAGACCAUAAGUUUUCACUUGUAGCUGAUCUUGUGGUUUAGCAUAAGCAAGAAAUAAACACUAACUCAUGGUUGUAAAUAGGCUGGCUAAGCAUUCAGGAGUGUCCAACACAGCCAAUCAGAAAAGAUCUGCAGAUUAAUUUCUUUUUUUUGGCUCCGGGCAUCUAGGUAAAUCUCUGUCAAACAGCUGGCUGACUAUUAAGCUGAGAAAAAAAAAAAAGAGAAUUCAGAGAUCAACAAAGAAGAUCCCAGAAAAAUAGCUUAGGAAAGUCACUAAACAAAAAAACUACUGCCUUCAAUAAGAAAGACAAAAAAAAAUUCUACACUGAGAAGACAGUAUGAUUUUCAAAGUUAUCAAAUUGUAGUGUUCAAAAUAUCCAAUUUUCAACUAAAAACUACAAAGCAUGGACCCAGUCUAAGGAAAAAAGAAAUUAACAGAAUCUGUCCUUGAGGAAACCCAGACAUUGGGUUUACUAGUUAAAAUCUUUAAAUCAACUGUCAACUCUCUGUAAAGUGCUUAAGAGCUAAAGAAAGCCAUAAACAAACAAACAAAAAAAGGAAACCAAAAGAACAAUGUCUCAGCAAGUAGAUGAUAUCAAUAAAAAGAAGAAAUUAUAAAAACAAACCAAAUAGAAAUUUUGGAGCCGAAAAGUUUAAAUAACAGAAAUAAAAAGUCAUCAUGACAGUAUAUUCGAGCUGUCAGAAGAAUCAGCAAACUUGAACAUAAGUCAAAUUGAAAUUAUUUACUUAGGCCAGGUGCAAUAGCUCACGCCUGCAAUCCCAGCACUUUGGGAGGUUGGGGUGGGAGAAUCACUUGAAGCCAAGAGUUCAAAACCAGCAUGGACAAUAUAGCAAAACCCUGUCUCUACAAAAAAAGAAAAAGAAAAGGAAAAAAAUACACUUUCAGGAGCAGAAAAAAAGGGUGAAUACAAAUGAACAGAGUCUAAAGAAACAAGUGAGACACCUUCAAAUAUACCAAUAUGCACAUAAUGGGAGUUUCAGGAGAAAAGAAAAAGGGGCAGAAAGAAUAUUUGAAAAUAUAAUGGCUGAAAACUUUCCAAAUUUGAAGAACAAUAUGAAUCUACACAUCCAAGAAGCUGAACCAACUCUAAGAAAAAUAAAUGUAAAGAGGUUCCACACCAAGACACACUAUAAUCAUACAAGUGUUGGGAGACAAAGACAAAGACAGAAUCUUGAAAGCACCAAGAGAGAUAUGAUUCAUUGCAUACAAGGAAUCUUAAUCAGAUUAACAGCUGGCUUCUCAGCAGAAACCAUGAAGGCCAGAAGGUAGUGAAAUGACAUUUAAAGUGCUGAUUAAACAAACAAACAAACAAACAAACUUAUCAACAAAGAAUGCUAUACCUGGAAAACUAUCAUUCAAAAAUGAAGGCAAAAUCAAGAUAUGCCACGAGAAACGAAAGCUGAUGAAGUUUGUUGCUAGAAGAAUUGCCCUACAUAACUGCCCAGGACUAAAUGGCUUCACUGGUGAAUGCUAUUAAACAUUUAAAGAGUUAAUAACAAUCCUUCUUAAUUUCUUUCUGAAAAAGAAAAGAGAAAAGAAUACUCCCUAAUUCAUUCUAUGAGCCACCAUGUAAGAAGUGCCUUUUGUCUCCCACCAUGAUUCUGAGGCCUCCCCAGCCAUGUGGAACUCUUCUUGGCUUUUAUGAGCUAUUCAAGAGAGAUUUAGUCAUCACGUUGUGUCACAAUGGGAGUGACUCACAGAGCAAGGAGAGAACCUGAGGAGUCCUCACACAUGUAGUACUCAGAGCUCUACGGAAACCCAGGCACCUCGACCUCAAGCCUGGCCAGAGUGGCACAACUCUUCCUUCCCCGUGCACAGCAGGAAAGCUGCCAUCAGCUGAGCAAGUCCACCAACAGUUUCUGUGUCCCACUUCAUCUUUAAUAAGGACACCAUCUUUUAUUAUACAAGAAAGGAGUGUACCUAUCACACACAGGGGGAAAAAUGCUCUUUUGGGUGCUAGGCCUCCUAAUCCUCUGUGGUUUUCUGUGGACUCGUAAAGGAAAACUAAAGAUUGAAGACAUCACUGAUAAGUACAUUUUUAUCACUGGAUGUGACUCGGGCUUUGGAAACUUGGCAGCCAGAACUUUUGAUAAAAAGGGAUUUCAUGUAAUCGCUGCCUGUCUGACUGAAUCAGGAUCAACAGCUUUAAAAGCAGAAACCUCAGAGAGACUUUGUACUGUGCUUCUGGAUGUGACCGACCCAGAGAAUGUCAAGAGGACUGCCCAGUGGGUGAAGAACCAAGUUGGGGAAAAAGGUCUCUGGGGUCUGAUCAAUAAUGCUGGUGUUCCCGGCGUGCUGGCUCCCACUGACUGGCUGACACUAGAGGACUACAGAGAACCUAUUGAAGUGAACCUGUUUGGACUCAUCAGUGUGACACUAAAUAUGCUUCCUUUGGUCAAGAAAGCUCAAGGGAGAGUUAUUAAUGUCUCCAGUGUUGGAGGUCGCCUUGCAAUUGUUGGAGGGGGCUAUACUCCAUCCAAAUAUGCAGUGGAAGGUUUCAAUGACAGCUUAAGACGGGACAUGAAAGCUUUUGGUGUGCACGUCUCAUGCAUUGAACCAGGAUUGUUCAAAACAAACUUGGCAGAUCCAGUAAAGGUAAUUGAAAAAAAACUCGCCAUCUGGGAGCAGCUGUCUCCAGACAUCAAACAACAAUAUGGAGAAGGUUACAUUGAAAAAAGUCUAGACAAACUGAAAGGCAAUAAAUCCUAUGUGAACAUGGACCUCUCUCCGGUGGUAGAGUGCAUGGACCACGCUUUAACAAGUCUCUUCCCCAAGACUCAUUAUGCUGCUGGAAAAGAUGCCAAAAUUUUCUGGAUACCUCUGUCUCACAUGCCAGCAGUUUUGCAAGACUUUUUAUUGUUGAAACAGAAAGCAGAGCUUGCUAAUCCCAAGGCAGUGUGACUCAGCUAACCACAAAUGUCUGCUCCAGGCUAUGAAAUUGGCCAAUUUCAAGAGCACUUCUCCUUUUCAACCCCAUUCCUUACCUGCUCCAACCUGGAUUCAUUUAGAUCGUGCUUAUUUGGAUUACAAAAGGGAGUCCCACCAUCGCUGGUGGUAUCCCAGGGUCCCUGCUCAAGUUUUCUUUGAAAAGGAGGGCUGGAAGUGUACAUCACAUAGGCAAGUCCUGCCCUGUAUUUAGGCUUUGCCUGCUUGGUGUGAUGUAAGGGAAAUUGAAAGACUUGCCCAUUUGAAGUGGUCUUCACCGUGGCCUGCCCCGUGCUUAUGGUCCCAGCAUUACAGUAACUUGUGAACGUUACGUAUCAUCUCUUAUCAAAAUAUUAAAAGAUAAGUCAAACAUU